GAUUCUCAAGAUUCUUGUAGAAACCUGGUCCCUGUACAAAGAGUGGUCUACAAUGUUCUCAAUGAACUGGAGAAGACAUUUAACCUGACAAUUCUGGAAGCGUUGUUCAGCGAGGUCAACAUGCAGGAAUACCCUGAUUUAAUUCAAGUUUAUAAAAGCUUCGAAAAUGCAAUUCAAGACAAAUUGUAUCCCCACGAAAGUGAUGACGAAGAAAGAGAGGAGAGGUCUGACAUCCGCCUAAGCAUAGAACAAGGAACUGGUGAAAACUCUUUACCAAGCCUGACCUGGUCACAAUCAGAUCCAUCGUCCCAUGCUGGUACAACCCCAGCUGAAAAUGGUCCCUCGGAGAGCCUCUGUGAGACAGAACAGAUAAAGGCAAAGCGGAAAGAUACAACCAGUGACAAAAAUGAUGCACUAGGAAGCCCACAAGCAAGUAAACAGUGUGCCCAAGAGUCUGAGCCAGCAGGAAUCCGCGAACGGGUGGCUGUCCAAGUGAAUAACGGGGAUGCAAGAAGUGAGACGCGCAGCCCGCUGCCCUGUGCUGAACAAAGGGCAGAGCUACCCAGCCACGGAGUCCAAAUAAAUUCUUGUUCUGUGCUUCUGGUGGAUAUAAAGAAGGAACCACCAACUUCGUACCCAGCUGAGCAGCAAGCCCAAGCACGGGUUAAACACAACCUAGCAUCUGACAUAAUAGUCAUCAGCAGUGAGGACUCUGAAGGACCCAGUGACGGAGAAGAGCCCCCCAAAGCCUCCACCUCAGCACUGCCAAGUGAGCCCGUGAUCAAUAACUAUAACUCUUGGCAAUCAAGUGAGGGAGAAGAGGACCUAGAAGAUACUUACAUACUACCCCAGACUGCAUCAGAAUCAUUUAUGUACUUUAAAAGCUUUAGGAAAAGAGGGAUGAGAUAUAACGAGGACUCUUCAGAAUCCACGGACAGUGAGUUGAUCCCAGGACCCUGCAACUCAGCACUGAGAAGUAAGCAUGAUCCUGUGGAUAUUCGGGGCACGCAAAAUAGGAAAAGAAGGUUCAGCAGUGAUUCUUUUCCAGAGCUGAAUAACGAAGAAGAGCCUCAGGAAACCUCGAGCUCAGCCCUAAGAAGAGGGUCAGGUGUGCCAGGAGGCCAGGAAGCAAGGACAGAAAGUAGCCAAGCAUCUGACAUGAUGGAUACCAUGGAUGUUGGAAACAAUCCUACUUUGGGAAAACACAGUAAGAAAAGAAGUAAGAGACAAAAGAGAAGUUAUAUACUCACAGUAAACAGUCUCCAAAGAG